AUAAACAUAUAUAGUACUCAGUACGCGUGCAAUAAAGCAAUUGAACACUAAAAGCAAUGUUCGCAGGGAAAAAGAUUUCACAAAGCUCGAGCAGUAUUGUUAGAACGAUUGACUUUCAACUAUAUAUUAAACUAAUAUUGUGAAAGUAAAUUCAGAAAUCAAUUUGCAGUGAUAGUUCAAUACAUCGAAUAUAACAAUGAUUGUUGAUUAAUAAUGAUCCCAAUAGCAGAUAUGCAGUAAAUUCUCUCCAAGGAAUACCUAUGUACAAGGCAUAUUGAUUGGAAAUCAAUAUUCAAAAUUAAGGGAAGUACAUACAAGGCUAUAAAAUGACUUAAUGCUCCAGAUGAAUUAAAGUUCAUUUACUACGACAAGGCCAAACGAGUGCUUCUGUACCAAUAGUGCGCAAAUUCAGAACUCGAAAAAGACAAAUUUACAAACAACUAUGAAAAUAUAAUUAGUUAUUAUAUAUAUAUAUAUAUAUAUAUAUAUAUUAAAUUUUACCUAACAUUCUUCAACAAUAAAAAUGCAUUGUCGAAGAGCCCUCAAGAAUCUAACACAAUGGUCCAGCACAGGAGUGAGAAAUCAUUCCGUUCUAACUAAAUCAAAAGCAAUAAAUCCUGAGGAAAUAGAUAAUAAAAAUCAAAUAGUUCAAUCAUUCGAUGAUAUACCAGGACCGAAACCAUUACCUUUAAUAGGGAAUAUUUUCAGAUAUUUACCAUACGUUGGUGAAUUUCAUAAUGUUCCACUUAUCGAGCAAAUGGUUUCACUUCAUAAAAACUAUGGAGAUGUUGUUAAACUCGAAGGUUUACUUUUUCGAAAACCAAUGGUUAUUUUAUUUAAACCCGAAUAUUGUGAAAGAAUGUAUCGUUUGGAAACUCGACAACCAAAAAGAGAAUCAAUGGAAGCUUUAAAUUAUUAUAGAAGAAGCAAUAAACACAUUUUUGAAAAACUCGGUUUAGCCACAAGUCAGGGCGAAGAGUGGUAUGAUUUUCGUUCAAAAGUUAAUCAACCCAUGAUGCAACCUCGAACAAUUAAGCCACAUGUGUCUCAAAUCGACCAAGUUUCUAACGAUUUCAUUAAAAGGAUAAGACAACUUCGAGAUCCUCAAACGUUGGAGCUACCUCCGACUUUUAAUAAUGAAAUGAAUAAAUGGUCCCUAGAAUCAAUUUGUGCUAUUGCGUUGGACCACCGAAUGGGAAGUUUGGAAAGUAAUUUAGAUCCACAGUCUGAACCACAACAAAUGAUCAAUGCGGUUCACGAUAUGUUUGAUCUCAUGUUUGAAUUGGAAGUCCUACCAUCACUAUGGAAAUUCUACAAUACAAGAAAGCUUAAACAAUUUUUCCAAGUUUUAGAUGUACUUUAUGGAAUAUCAGCCAAAUAUAUCAAUAAAGCAAAAGACAGAUUAAACGAACAUACAAAUGAACAUGAUGAAAGUAUGCUACAACGACUCCUUAAAAUUGAUGAACAAACGGCAAAAGUUAUGGCAAUGGAUAUGCUUGUUGCUGGAAUUGACACAACAUCAAAUUCAACAGGUUGGAUACUUUAUUUUAUUUCCCGAUAUCCUGAAGUACAAAAAAAAUUACAAACUGAGAUAGAUCCAAUAUUGACAAAAAAAGAUUCUCCCGUUACAUAUGAUUCAUUAAAUCAAGUACCAUACCUUAAGGCUUGUAUCAAAGAAAGUUUACGACUUUCACCAAUUGCAUUUGGCAAUUUGAGAACUAUGGUAAAUGAUGUGAUAAUUGGAGGUUAUAAAAUACCUAAAGAUGUACACGUUAUAGGUGCACACUCAAUUAUAUCUCGAAAGCCAGAACAUUUUCCCAAAGAAGAAGAAUUUAUACCUGAACGAUGGUUGAGAAGCAAUACUGGACCACUUUCAUCCGCAAAUGCACAUCCAUUUGCCUAUAUGCCCUUUGGCUUUGGACCACGAACCUGCAUUGGUAGACGAUUUGCCGAACUUGAAAUGACAACACUUGUAAUGAAGAUGAUACGAAAUUUCCAAAUGGAUUGGAAUCAUGAACCAAUGCAAAUAAGAAGUCGAUUUAUAAACACACUGGGAUCUCCACUUCAAUUAAAAGUAACUGAUCGAUGAUUCAAUAAAAAUUUUUACGAAAUGGAAAAAAUUUAUUUAGAUUUCAAAAGCCUGCAAAAUUUUUUAAUAAACAACUAUGCCAAUAUUUAAGAAGACUAUAAAAAAUGAAUCACCAAAAUUGACUGAUAAUAUUUUUCUCCAAAUAAUAAAAGAAUCAUAAACCAAUGAAAA